GUCGGAAUAGAUGUGCGCAACAUUUUACCAAAUUAAUUUCUUUCUUGACGACAUCAUCAUUUUAUUGUUUGGCAAAAUUUAUAUAACAGUAAAAUAUUAAUAAACAGCAAAAAAAAAAUUCACAACAAUAAACAAUACAAAAUAAAAACUAAAUAAAUAAAAUAAAUCGAACAAAAUAAAAAUUUAAAAGAAACAAAAUAAUAAUAAUAUAAUCAUGCCUGUAACUGGUGAUAAACCGGGUGCUAAUCGAAAUACAUUUCGUCCGCCGUGGGUUAAAGAACCCGGUACGGCAGCAUCACCAUCACAAUUAGCUAGAAAAGCAUCAACAGAUGCAUCCGCAGCGAAUGCUAAAACAGCACCGGCAUGGGCUAAAAAAGCAACCGAUACAACAACAAAUUCAGCUCCAGGGGCAGAAGUUAAAUUAAAAAGUGCUUUAGUUACGAAAAAACCAGAUACAUCUAAAGAAAAUGGUGCUAAAGAAGCUAUUAAAAAUGUUAAAUUAACACCAGUUACGAAAAAAACAACAACACCAGUAGUUCCCGAAAAAACCAUACCGGAAAAAUCAAUUUUAAAACCAGUUUUGAAACCGGUCGGUGCAACAGAACGACGUGUAUCAAUUACACCGAAAAAAGAAGAAGAAACUGAAUUGGAAAAGAAAUUCAAAGUGGAAAAACCAAAAUUACGUCCUGUUAUGUCAGUUAAAAAAACUGAAUCUUUUUCGAAAAAACCCGAAGAAGUUGAAAAAACUAAACCAGCAGCAAAAACUGUAUCCGCAACACCAUCUAAAACGGCUACAACAAAAUCAAAUGCCUCAACUCCAGCAAAAACAACACAACCAUCAUCAACUAAAACAACUGUUGUUACGAAACCUGGAGUUACAAAAUUAAAAUCAAAAGCUAAAACACCAACACCACCAUCAAGUAGUGACGAAGAAGAGGAUGAAGAUGAAGAAGAAGAAGAAGAAACCGAAGAAGAAGAAGAAAGUGAAGAAGAAGAAGAAGAAGAAGAGGAAGAAGAAGAAGAAACUGAAGAAGAAUCUGAAGAAGAAGCUGCACCACCACCACCAAUUAAACAGCAACGAUCACCAUCAAUAAUUAAAAAAUCAUUGGAAAAUAAAAAUGAUAAUAAUGAAGAUGAUGAUGAUGAAGAUCGACCACAUAGUCGAAUUAAAUUUGAAAAACCAAAAUUACGGCAUGUUGUUAUUAAUAAACAGAAAUCAUUUAAUAAAAGUAUUGAUGAAUUUGAAAAAAUACGUCCUGUUCUAAAGAAAACACCAAAAGUCGAUGAAAUUAAAGAGGAAACAAAACCAGAAUUUGCUGAUGUUGAAUUAAAACCAGUUCCACCGAAACCUGCUGAAACAGAUGAUGAUGAUGAUGAUGAAUACGAAGAUGAUGAUGAUGAUAAAUACGCGAAACCAGUACAAAAAGCGCCGGUAAAAAAAACGCUAGGUAAAAUAUUUUUCAUUUAUUCUACAUAAAUGAAAAUUAAACUA